AUGAACAAUCAGUCAAAGGAGAUAGAAUUUAUCCUCUUGGGAUUUACAGAUGACCCACAACUGCAAUUCGUGAUUUUCAUAUUUCUCUUUCUCAACUACAUCCUGAGCGUGAUGGGAAACCUAUCUAUCAUCCUCCUUACGCAGCUGGAUCCCCGUCUCAAAACUCCAAUGUAUUUUUUCCUCAGAAAUUUCUCCUUCCUGGAAAUCUCAUUAACAACUGUCUGUAUUCCCAGAUUCCUAAUAGCCAUAAUAACUAAGAACAGAGUCAUUUCCUACAAUGAGUGUGCAUCUCAGUUAUUAUUUUUCCUUUUGCUAGGCGUUACUGAAUUUUACCUGCUGGCUGCCAUGUCUUUUGAUCGCUAUGUAGCAAUCUGUAAACCCCUACAUUACCCAAACAUCAUGAGCAACAGACUGUGCUACCAGCUUGUACUCAGCUCAUGGACAGCUGGCUUUCUGAUUACGUUUCCACCGCUGGUCUUGGGACUGAAACUGGAAUUCUGUGCCUCCACAGAAAUUGAUCAUUUCAUAUGUGACACAUCCCCUGUCUUGCAGAUUUCUUGCUCAGACACUCAUCUGCUAGAACUGAUUUCAUUUGUCUCUGCGGUUGUAACACUGGUGAUGACAUUUCUGUUAGUGAUUCUUUCCUACUCGUACAUUAUCAAGACCAUUCUAAAAAUCCCCUCUGCCCAGAAAAGAACCAAAGCUUUUUCUACUUGUUCCUCUCACAUGGUCGUCGUCUCCCUAACCUAUGGCAGCUGUAUCUUUAUUUACAUGAAGCCAUCAGCAAAGGAAAGAGUGACUUUAUCCAAAGGUGUAGCUGUCAUUUACACCUCAGUGGCACCUUUAUUAAACCCUUUUAUUUACACUCUAAGGAACCAGCAAGUGAAACAAGCCUUCAAGGAUACACUCCAAAAGAUUUUCUUCUUUUUCAAAAAAUGA